CAUCUCCGCGUUGGGACAUUCAGCUAUUGUGCGUGUUGGGGAGGGAACUCGAAAGUCUCCGCGUUGUUAUACUUCAAUGAAAGAACGCGGAAGUAAACAGUAUUUAACGGAUUUGUUUUUACGAAUAUGACGUUUUCCUUUUGAUGCGAAAUUGCGAAAUUUUGACUGAAAUUAUGAUCUAGUUGGCAAAGCCCUGGCUGGCUGCGUAAAUUUCCCGACCUCUUGUGACUGUCAACGCGUGGCUCUUUACAUGAGAUAAAGGUAAACAUUAACACAUGGUGAAUGCUACGAACUACCGAAACAAGAAUUGUUCUCUCCUCAGCUUCGUGACAGAAGACCGACUGCAGUCCUUUUGCAUCCCUAUUCCAACUCUUUGACCCUUCCACCGCUCGCCAUGGAAGCCAGAGGAAAGUACGAGUUUAAUGCUACGGCUGAGGAUGAGCUGAGCUUCCGAAAGGGAGACAUCCUGAAAAUUCUAGGUAGUCAAGAUGAGUGGUUUAAGGCAGAGCUGCAUGGACAGGAAGGCUUUGUGCCCCAAAACUACAUUGAGAGACAAACCCCAAGCUGGUUCAAGGAGACGGCAAGCCGCAGCUCUGCUGAGGAGCUCCUGAUGUCUAGGGAGGUGGGGGGAUUCCUGAUCCGUGGCAGUCAGAGCUCCCCUGGAGAAUUCUCCAUCUCUGUCAGACAUGAGUUUGACGUGCAGCAUUUCAAAGUGAUGAAGGACAGCAAAGGCCACUACUUCCUGUGGUCAGAGAAGUUCACUUCCCUCAACAAGCUGGUGGACUUCUACAAGAACACCUCCAUCUCCAAGCAACGGGGCAUCUACCUUAGAGACGGUAGCCGGGAUGACCAGAGCCCAUCCGUACCCCAACCGUUGAAGAGGGGGAGUCUACCUGAGGAGAGAAGCUAUGGGGCCCCUACUGCAGCCACGUCACACCGCAGGGCCUCAGACCUUCCUCACAGUCAGCAGAGUAAGAGACCUGGGAUGGAGGAGAGGGCUCACACCAUAGGCACCCCUGGUAGAAACACCCCCCUAACCUCUCUCCCAGCCCCCCAAAGGACAUCUGAAACCAUACCUCAUUCACAGAGGGCAGUCAUACAGGUGAAAGCAGUGUACGACUUCACAGCGGAGGAAGGGGACGAGCUUGGCUUCCGUGCAGGUGAUGUCAUUGACAUUUUGGAUCACUCUGAUCCAUCGUGGUGGAAAGGAAGAUUGCGGGGUAAAAGUGGUCUGUUCCCUGCCAACUAUACCACACCAUUAUGAGGAAAGCUUAGAGAGAGAGAAGUCGCUCUUUGGGCAUCUCCAAUCAUAUGGACUGUGAUGAUAAGAGUCGGGCAACACACAGAAACUUCAGCAGCCCAAACUGUAGGACUAAAAAGAAAUUGGUUCACAUUUGAUUUCUGAUAACAUAUGCUCACACAUUUAUUUUUAUUUUAAAGCUGGUGCUCAGCAUGAUACAAUUGACAUACCUAAAUGACAUUGAUUUAUAAGCAGAGGCGGACUUACCAUUAGGCAGAAGAGGCAAUUGCCUCAGGCCUCACAUCAUCAAGAUGCCUUCUGAGCUGGGCAUAAUAAUAAAAUACUAGCAAUCUUCUUUUUUUCCCCAAUAAUGUCUCUGCAUGAGACAACCCACAACUGGUUCAUAAUAAUGGACUAUUCCACCUUGACAGAGUUCCUGUGCAUUGUUUCACGCGAUAUGAUUGCAAAUUUGACUUUCAUUGUAAUUAAGCUGUAUCAAUGAGGUGCUUUCACAGCGGGAUAGAGAAAUGUGCAAUUAAUGCAACCAGUGAAAAUAAAAAGAAAGAAAGAAGAUUUAACAGAAAAAUGUUGUAAGUUAAUGCAUUUCUUUAGUCAAAAGACAAGUGCUGCUUGUAAUACUGGCAUUGUUAUCGAGGCAGAAGACAUGUAUGUGUAGACAAUGUAUCUGAUGUAAUCUGGCCAAACAGAGCAUGGCAUGUCAUUCGCUUUUUGGCCAGACAGAAUCAGAUACAUUGGAACCAUAUAGAAAGACAAGGGCGUUGUUUGGCUCACUAGGAUAAUCAAAUCAUCUCCAGUGAGAUAGUUUGUCACUUGCAAACUGAAGGAAUAUUGUUUGGAUGCUACUUUAAGAAGUGAUCGUUUAACAAUCAAAUGAAAACAUCAUGGCCUGUUGUGUUCAUUUUAAUCACACAGGAGGCCUUUUGCCUUUUGGUAGGCCAUCAUUGUAAAUAAGAAUUUGUUCUUAACUGACUUGCCUAGUUAAAUAAAGGUUACAGGUUAAACAAAAAUGACACAUUAAAAGGUCAUUUCUUUUGACAGUUAAAUGAUGUCUUUACUCUAAAACCGAUAACAAAAUGUUGUGCACCCAAAUCACUAAGUCCGCCCCUGUUUAUAAGGGAACUUCCACAACCCAACUACAGUGUCAUAUCCAUUGGAGGUUGAAAACUGGGAGCUAUGCUGCCACACAUUUACUGUAUGGAACUACACUUUUUGUAUUGCUACCUUUUUGUAUUGUUUGUAGUGCUUGCUUUUUAUUGUAAGGUCGCCAUAGCAAAUUAUGUCUUGUUAGUGAACUUCCAAAUUUACAAUGUCAGUUUGGGUAUGCUUGUCAUCUGUCUAAAUUAAAACAAUGAUGUGUAUAUAAACCCUGGCUUGCUGAUGCUAUGUAUUGGCCAACGAGAUGCUUUGAAUCCACCGGUCGGCCAUAUUGUCACUCCUCAAAAGCAGUCUUCCAUAGGAAUUCAUGGAAUACUUCAGUAUUUAAUUUAAAUGACAUGUAUUUUUUUAUUUAGUUGAGAAAGUAUUUUCAAAAAAUUACUCUAAUGA